CCCCAGAUGUUCAAAGCACCCCAGAUCUUCUGAAAACCAACCCUGCAGCCAAGAUGAGAUAUCUAAUGCCAUUAUUUAUUUUCUUUGCUGUGGCAGCUGUCCACACUGCACUCUCAGCUUCUCUGGAAUCUCCAGAGAAAGAGGAAAAAAGUGCACAGCACGAUGGCCUGACCGAGCUACAGAAAAUAGAUCUGAUGGAGUUUGAAGCUGCUCAAAAGGCCAAGGCAGCCCAGGUCAAUGUAACAGAGGAACAAAAUGAAGAAGAUACCCGCUACCUCGGUGAGGAAGCUGCUCAGGAUGAAUCCGAGGAGGAGCACGUUGAAACUGAGGAUGAAAGCACAGAGGGAGUGGGGAACUCUAAUGCUGCAGCACAUGAGGAAUCAGAGUCUGAGUCCACUGAGGACACUGAUGGGAGACAAAGGCGAGAGCACCAUGAAACUGUAACAGAGACAGUGGGCAGUUUGGAUGAAGUCAGUCAGGAUUUGCACAAGGAACAAGAUGUAUUGGAGUGAGAAUGCACUGCAGCACGUGGAUCCCAUCGCUUACUCAUCACCUGCUGCCUGAGAUUAGCAUCAAUAAAAGGGAACAAUCCCACCUGUCUGUAUAA